GAUCCUGGGAUGUGGAGAUGGUGAGAGGAGCCCAUUGCUGGGGGCAGAAGAGGAGCAACCAACCCCAGGACACAGAUCACAUCCAAUCUGGUCUGCACUCCCCACGUGGAGACAAUAUAAUUGAUCGCCGAUAAAUGGUCGCUGUCCAUUGGUAUUAUCAUCACUCAUGUCUAAAACGAUGGAGAGAGCUCAUAGGAGGGACUGAGGGCGUUCUCUAAGCAGGGAGAUGAGGACCUCGGGGGCGGUGAUCUGGCUCGGCCAAUGGCUGCUGCUCUUUGUGACGGGGGUGGAGCUCGUCGGUGGAGUGAGCCGGCCGACAGACAUCAAGCCGGGGGAGUUAGGGAAGCAAUACUUCGGGCGGAUUGACAAGAACACGGAGGAGGUCUACGCGUUCAACUACACCAGCAGCCCAGGCAAGGUGGACGCUCUCCGGGUUUUUGUCCGCUCCAAUUCCGAUGAUCUGGAGUUCCCCGUCCUCUUCGUGGUUCGCCAGCAGAAGGCGGUACUGUCAUGGCAGGUCCCGCUCGCCUUCAGAGGAUAUUAUCAGAUGACGUACACCUACCAGGACGUCAGCCGCACGCUGUGCCCCAACGACCCAGAGGGCCAAGCUCCGCCCUCCGAACAGCUCAUGUACAUUGACAUUGCCUCCAUGGCGCCCUCUAGUGUGGACUACGAGCUCAUCGUCACCCGGCUGCUCAACUUCGAACUCCAGACCGGAGUUUCUAUGAAUUUCAGCGCCUCGCCAUCCCAGCCUCAGUAUUUCCUGUACACGUUCCCGGAAGGAUUGGACUCGGUGGUGGUCAAGGUUCGCUCACCGGACACCUAUCCCUGCACUGUGGUGUCUGUCCAGGAUAUUGCGUGUCCUGUCUAUGAUCUGGACCAUAACGUAGAAUUCAAUGGCAUCUCCCAGUCUAUGACAACGAAGGCGGCUAUUACCAUCCGGAGGAAGGACUUCCCUAAAGGACAAUUCUAUGUCGUGUUUGUCAUCAAACCGGAGGAUUAUGCCUGCGGAGGGUCAAUCCCAGCCGCCACAGUCGGAAAUCACACCUGGAACUUGAAACGCGUGAAGCACAUCGAAGUCACCGUCACUCCGUCCAUUAAUGGCUCGGUGUAUCUCCACGCCACACUGCUGUGCCUCCUCUUCUUCUUCAUCUUCUAUCUCGGAGCUUUCCUGGUCUUCUUCAUCCACCACUUCAGGGGGCAGUCGAAGGGGCACGACUUGGCGGCCAGUCCGGAUGAAGGUGAAGGAACGGUGGCGGCCUCUCACCCCAUCACUACCAGCACCCCAGAGGGCAGCAGCUAUGGGGCUAUAGAUGAGUCCCGCAAGAGGUCGGGAAAAUCUGCUCCGCCCAUCCCCCGCCCCCGAGCAUAUUCCGACAGCUCUGCGGAUGAAGAGAGCGAUUUUGAUGGCAUCCCAGAAAUGGAGAGCGAUAAAAACGUAAUCCAUGCCAAGACCUUCCUGUAUGUGUCUGACCUCGCCGUUAAAGACCGCCGAACCAUCAGUAAGAAAUACAAGAUUUACUUCUGGAACAUAAUCACCAUCGCUGUGUUCUACGCACUGCCCGUCGUCCAGCUGGUCAUCACCUACCAAACGGUGGUAAAUGUGACCGGAAACCAAGACAUCUGCUACUACAACUUCCUGUGCGCCCACCCACUUGGAUUGCUCAGCGCUUUUAACAACAUUCUGAGUAACAUGGGCCACGUCAUGCUGGGAUUCCUCUUCCUCCUGAUCGUCCUGCGCAGAGAUCUCCUUCACCUCAGCUUGCUGGAGGCCAAAGACGUCUAUGCCCUGGAAUACGGCAUCCCCAAGCAUUUCGGCCUCUUCUACACUAUGGGCAUCGCUCUGACCAUGGAGGGGGUACUCAGCGCUUGUUACCACGUCUGCCCCAACUAUUCCAACUUCCAGUUCGACACGUCCUUCAUGUAUAUGAUUGCGGGGCUUUGCAUGCUGAAACUGUACCAGACCCGGCACCCCGACAUCAACGCCAGCGCCUAUGCAGCCUAUGCGUCCUUCGCGCUCGUCAUCUUCCUGGCAGUCCUUGGGGUGGUCUUCGGGAAGGACCAUUGGUGGUUCUGGGUGAUCUUCUCCAUCAUCCAUGUAGUGGGGACACUGACGCUCAGCACACACAUCUACUACAUGGGGCGAUUCAAGAUUGAUGUAUCUAAUGCAGACUUUGGGAUUUUCCGACGCAUCUUUCAGAUCAUAUAUACAGACUGUAUGCAGCAGUGCAGCCGCCCUAUGUACAUGGAUCGUAUGAUUCUCCUUAUUGUCGGGAACAUUGUCAACUGGUUUUUCGCCAUCUUCGGACUGGUCUUUCGUCCUCCGGAUUUUGCCUCCUACCUGCUGGGCAUUUUCAUCUGUAACUUGCUGCUCUAUCUGGCCUUCUACAUCAUCAUGAAGCUACGCAGUGCAGAGAGGAUUCGACCACUACCGCUCUUCUGCAUCAUUGCCACCGCUGGAGUCUGGGCAGCAGCUUUGUACUUCUUCUUCCAGACCCUGAGCAGUUGGGAGGAGUCCCCAGCGCAGUCCCGGGAGAAGAAUCGGGAGUGUAUUAUCAUGCAUUUCUUCGAUGACCAUGAUAUCUGGCACUUCCUGUCAGCCACUGCCAUGUUCUUCUCAUUCCUGGUUCUGCUCACAUUGGAUGAUGAUCUGGAUGAGGUUCGGAGAGACAAAAUUCCAGUCUUUUAGGGAGAAGUGGCAUUGUCUCCUUUCUUCCUUCGGUUGCCACCGGCAUGCAGUGAAGAAGCCUGCGUCCAAGACCGCAGAAAAUUAUCACCCCUCCAGAAGAAGAGGAAAGUGAACGAGCGGAAACAGGAGAGGUGGACUUGUCCUCUCAGCCCACCAGUUCAGAAGAACAAACCAAUCAAAUGCUGCCUGAUAAUGCCACACUGUUCCCGUGUUGGUAUAGCGCCAUCUUUAAGUCAGACUGGGCCACCACAGUCUUCGUGCCCAACUGAUGUACUGAACACCACUGCCUCCCACCAAGUCAAAAAAUGUAAACAUGAGCCCAGUGGAGCAUUCAACAUCCAACCGGAAACGGGCGAACUUCCCGAAGAGCUGAUCACAUUUGGUAAUUUGUUUACAAAAAAAAUUCACAGUGAUCACAUGACUCUUCGCUUACGUUGAUUCUCAACACCCUCCAGCUGCUGAAGAUGGCCAGUCAAUUGGAGUCUCAAGAAGCUGCCAGGACUGCAGCUCAUGAAAGUAGUAUAUUUAUUUUCCCACCAAGCCAGAAAAGGUUGGAUAUUUCAAUACCAGGAACUCUGGAAAGGACCAUUGGCCCUUUGUGCCAGGAAUAUAAUUUUUAUUGUAAUUGUGUAUUUUGUCUUACAAGAUCUGUGAUCUCCAAUGCACGUCGGUCAGUCUUGCAUUAACUCUCCAGUGCCAUGCUGCUGCUGCCGCCAACUAUGGCUGAAUUUGUUGUUGUCUAAGUAAUUUAUUCAAAUGUAAUUUGUACAUUUUUUUUUCAACAAGACCUCAAAAUGUGUUGUAUCUUGCCAAGGAACUGAAAUCUGAAAACCUGAUGUUUUUUUGUUUUUUUUUAACUUCUUAGGUUGCAAAAUUGUGCCAUUAUAGUGACAGCUAAGCCAGUUCAAGUUAAUGGCAUUGUAAGAAAUGUAGAAAGGAGCACCACAUAACUAAUCGUUUUCUGUAAAUAGAAAAAAAAAUCCAACACGUUUUGUGGACUCAACACUCCUUCUGCAGGGCUUGAAAUGCAACACUCCUUCUGCAGGGCUUGAAAUGCCAGCAGUGAAAGGAGCAGAAACCGCUUCUUUCUCUUUUUAAAUCCAGCUCUCAAACACAUCAAGUGCUGUCUACUAGGGGCCCCAAGAACCCAAAAGCCAAGAUCUCUACUAGGGUUGUCCCGAUACUAGUAUCGGUUUGGGACCAAUACCGAACGUUUGCGCAAGUGCUUGUACUCGCACAAAUGCUUCCGAUGCCUUAGCCGAUACCUGGAAUGGGCCAGCGGAGCGGUGAGCGAGUCCUGAAGGAAGUAAGCUGGCAGGGAGCCGGUGUUUCGUCACAUUCGGCUACCCAUCUCAUCUUGCUAUGGAAGUGGCGUUCCGCCGAGAAAUUUCGCAAUGCGUUCCAAACGAUUGGCGACAUUACAGAGCAGUAAAAACGUCAGAUAAUGUCACGGAAGUGACGGUACAGACAAUACAAACACUGGGCUAUGCGUUCCAAGGCUAAUGCUUUCCUUGUUACCUAGUGUCUCCAAAACUGCCAGCUGUCCCUGUACAACCCAAAGCAACCUGUGGUGUUAGGUUCUGCAUUGCUGGUACUUGUAGUGCCUAUCCAGAGCAACCUGUGGUGAUAGAUCCUGCUAUGCUGGGACUUGUAGUGCCUCUAAAGAUGCCAGCUGUCCUUUGACUUCCCUGUACAAGGCAGGGCAACCAGUGGUGAUUAUCAUGCCAUGCUGGGACAUGUAGUGUCUCCAGAACUGUCAGCUGUCCUGUUCAACCCAAUGCUGGGAUUUGUAGUGUCUCCAGAAGUGCCUAUCCAAAGCAACCUGUGGUGAUAGAUCCUGCUAUGCUGAGAUUUAUAGUUCCGCUAAAGAUGCCAGCUGUCCUUGGACUGUCCUAUACAAGGCAGGGCAACCAGUGGUGAUUAUCAUGCCAUGCUGGGACUUGUAGUGUCUCCAGAACUGCCAGCUGUCCUGUACAACCCAAUGCUGGGACUUGUAGUGUCUACAGAACUGCCGGUUGUCCUGGCUUGUAGUGGGGCAGCUUAGAGCUCUAGGCGUAAUACAAGUCCCAGCAUAGCAGGACCUAACACCACAGGUUGCCCUGCCUUGUAUUGGGGCAGCUGACAGCUCUGGAGGCACUACGAGUCCCAGCAUGGCAGGAUAAUCAGCACUGGUUGCCCUGAUAUUAUCUGACGGUUUCACUGCUCCAUAUUGUCGCAAACUGUUUGGAAUGCAUCGCGCAUGCGCAGUGCAAAAUUUCUCGCCAUAACGUCACUUCCGUAGCAAGAUGAGAUUGGUAGCCGAAUGUGAGGAAACAGCGUCACAUUUGGUCGCAAAUUAAAUAAUAAAAAAAAAAAAA